GAAAACCACGCAAUCACCCUCUUCCUUACCUCUUUUCUCCUUUUGGGACACGCAAUAACACCAAUCCCAACCCAACCCAACCCAAGCGGUCAUUCUUUCAUUCUUCUGAAAAAUAUCUCUUUUCACAUUGAUUUUCCUCUUCCGACCAACAUCCAUAACCGAAUUAACCACUGCCAUGGGCGGCCGCGAAGCUAUCGAGGUGGCCAAGACCGUCAUGGAGGUCGCCGACGUCGCAUGGACCGCCAUGGAAAGCUGCCACAAACACCGCCACCACCACGACCACGACGCUUCCGCCGAGCCCAUUCAACACGCUUCCUCCGAGGAAGAAUUGGAAUAUCUCCGAUCGGAGAACCAUCGCUUGAGGGGUUUGCUCCACCAGAAUCUAAAGCUUCUUCAGAAUCUCUCUGAGUCCCCUUCUAUGUUGAACGAUUGCCCUCCAGAUUUGUAUGCUCGAUUAGUAGCUACUGUGGAUUCUGAAAAGUUCUUGGCUCGUAUCAAAUCCCUCCAGCUCGCUUCUACCAAAGGAGAUGGUUAUGAUUUUCCUUUCAAGGUUGCCACAGAAAAUGAUUUGCAGGCAGCUGAAAUUCUUGUAAAUGUUGACCAGAAAGAACCAAGUUGGUGGGUUUGGGUGACAGAUGACAUGGUUCCAAGCAAUGUUGAGGAACGGAGUGGAAUUGACAACGACAGUUACAUAGUUGUUAGCGAGGAGCAUGUGGUGGAUGGCGUUGCAAACUUCAUCGCCAAGUGCAUUGUCUCGAACCCUAAGGCUCAGAAAAUGACACCAGAAGAGUUACAAAAGACUAUGACAGAAGCAUUAAGUGGUGUGAGCAAACUGAGGCAGAUGUUUGAAAUUUGGCAUGCUGGGAAGUUGUUUUAUGCCUUGGCCACCUGGGGACUUGCGCUGACUGGGCUGUAUCAGACUCGUGCUGUGUUGAAAAUUGCUGCAAUGGGUGUUCAUACAACAAGCAAAGUAGUUAUGAGGGCUCUCUGAAGAUGACUGUGAACUACUGUAAAUUGAAUUAUAUUUUCAUUGAUGUAAAUUGGGUUCCAAUAGACCAAACUCCAAUCAAUUCUUAUGUUCUGCUUCCAAGUGAUGUAAAUAAUUGUAAACAAAUGUGUUUAUGGUACUUAUUAUUAUU